UUUAAAUUUGUUUUCGCGAGUUAUCUAUUUAAUUGCAGCACAGAAAUACAGGUACAUAGUACAUGUAGUACCCUCAGUUGUAAGAUGUGUGGCGACUUUCUUGCGUACAUGGCAAGAAUAAUGUUUAAAUAGUGAAAUUGGUUACGCGUUCUUCACCAUAGUGCUGGCGAGUAAUGGUAUCAUGUACCGGGCAAACAAUGUACACAGUGCACAAAGGGCCAAGUACCCUGUCAACAACAUGUACGACUUGUAGGUUUUCCUUGUAUACUGAAGGAUAUGACGUCAUAUUGGAGACGUUACAGUGCAAAGAUAACUGUAUUUAUGAAGCAGCAGUUCCAGGAAAAAAGGCUAUCCAAAACAAUGGGAUUUUCGGUCAAACUGGAAAACGGGACCUCAAAGAUGUUUGCCAUUUAUGGAAAAGUUUUAACAAGAUACCCAUGCACUGCAAUCAUUAUAUGUUUCCUUCUCAACGGACUUUUGGGGGUUAACAUCCAGUGGAUAACAUUUGAUUCUGACCUAGAAAGUGUGUACACUCCGACAAACAGCCAGGCUGUUCAAGACCGAAACCAAGUCGAGUCUCUAUUUUCUGAUUUCACAGCAACAAAUUAUCAUCAACAAAGUAUGGCAAGCUUAGGACCCUUCGGAGAAGUUAUUAUUAAACAUUUUGAAAACGGCAAUGUUCUGAACAGAUCAUAUCAACUAGAAAUAAAACGCGUUGUGAACUUUGUCUAUGACUUCACCGUGAAUGAAACUGCCAACAGCCGAUAUCAAUAUGAAACUGUUUGUGCUAGACGAAGUGGAAAAUGUGUAAUAGAUGGCGACUUCCUCUUAGAAACAGCAUUCUGGGACAGAUUUGAAAAUGGAUUUAUUAAUGAAACUAUGUUAAAAGCAAACAAAUUCACCAGUGUCAUCGGAAGCCCAUUGUUCGGAAAUGGCACUCUGAAAUCUGCAGUUGCUUUCAAACUUCGAUUCAACUUACGACAGGAUUCAAGUCACUUCAAAGAAUUAUCUGAAAAAUGGGAGAAACAUUUUUUAGAAAUCAUGCGAAAUAUCGAACUCAACGAUUCUGAAAUAGCCUACCAGGUAUCCGAUUCAUUAAAUACUGAACUCAAUGCUAACACAGGAGGAGAUGUACGCUAUUUCUCUCUGACCUUCACAUUGAUGAUCACCUACGCAUCAUUUGCUACAGCAGGAGGAAACUGUGUAUCACAACGGGGCCAUCUGGGGCGUGCAGGAGUCAUUUCAGCAGGCUUAGCAAUACUGGGAUCGUUUGGACUUAUGGCUGCAUUACAUAUCGAAUUCGUCAAUAUUGUUGGGGUGAUGCCAUUCCUGAUUAUAGGUAUUGGUUUAGACGAUAUGUUUAUCAUGAUGUCUGGACUGGCAGACGCUGAUCCAACAGCGGCGAUAGAGGCCAAAAUCGCCCACGUCAUGAAAACAAGUGGAACCUCAAUAACAAUCACAUCACUUACCAAUGUCAUCGCAUUUUUCGUGGGAAUCACAUCGGUCUUCAAAAGUGUCAGAAACUUCUGCAUGUUUACAGCGACUGCUGUGGGCCUUUGCUAUUUCAACCAAAUCACAUUCUUCCUCGGAUGCAUGGUUCUUCAUGAAAAACGAGUUUCCCAAAAUAGACAUUGUCUGACGUGUGCUCCGUUGGCAUAUCCGGAAGGUGAACAAACAAAAUCCUACUUAAAACAGUGCUGUUGCACAGGGUCUCCUUCUACAACUCGAGACGAACAAGAAAGUAUGCUAGAGAAGAUCCCUCGUCUAUUGAUGCCUCGAUUAUUGUUAAACCCUCUAGCAAAGGUCAUAACUGUACUAGGAUAUGUAACCUACAUUGUUUGUUCAGUCUGGGGUAUUAAAAAUUUACAACAAGGUUUAGUUUUGCAGAAUUUGGUUUCGGAAAGCUCGUAUUAUUUCAAAUUUAGUCAUUUUGACUUUGAAUAUUAUCCCACACAGUUCCCAAUAUCCUUCGUUAUUCCUGUUCCUCUCGAUUACAACUCACGCGCUGUAACCAGCGGUAUAGAUUUCCUCCUUGAGAAUGCUGCGAAAGACGUUGAUGUUGAGGAUGCAGAUCAAUUGAAUUGGCUGAAUUCGUACAAACAUUCUUCUGUCUUUGCCAAUACUUCAGAGAAAGCAUUUGUAAAUGGACUGAAACUCUUUCUUAACGAAUCACAGUUAUUCAGAAACGAUGUCGUUUUCAAUCAUGAUAAGAUUGUAGCAACCCGAUUCCAUAUCCUAACAAAAAGUAUAAAAGAAUCCUCCAAACAAGGCAACAUCAUGAUGCGCAUGCGUGAAAUAGCACAUUCUUCCGACAUACAUUGUUUUGCUUAUUCCCCAGCGUUUAUAUUCUUUGAACAGUAUGUCAUUGUCUUACCGAGUACCAUUCAGACAGUAGGAAUAGCUGUAGCCGCCGUGUUUGUUGUCGCAUGUAUAAUAAUGCCAAAACCUUUCCUCAUACUUUGCGUUUCAAUCUCUCUCGCCUCAAUCAUUGCCGGUGUGCUGGGUUUCAUGUAUUUUUGGGACCUGUCUCUUAGUUCUAUAACCAUGAUCCAUGUUAUCAUGAGUGUUGGCUUCUCAGUAGAUUACAGUGCUCAUAUCUGCCACGCCUUUCUAACGUCAGAGGGUCCCGAUAAAAAUGCAAGAGUGGGUAAAGCCCUAGACCUAACUGCAGGACCGGUUUUCAACAGUGCAGCGUCCUCUAUUGUAGGGAUCGUGAUGCUGAUAUUUUCAGAGUCCUACGUUUUCAUAUCCUUCUUUAGAGUGAUGUUGCUUGUCAUCCUUUUUGGUUUCUUCCAUGGCAUGUUUUUGUUACCAGUCGUCUUGUCCCUGAUAGGACCAAACAAACCUAUGUCAACAAAUAGACGUGUUAUAUACCAAAGUAAAGAAGGAAAUGCAAUAUGUAACCCGGCUUAUCUUCCCGAUAAUUAAUACUCUCAAAAUCACUCAAAUAGUCUGUGAUUGGAACGUUUUUUUCUGUUUUUUUUUUUUAAUUUAUAUUUUUAUUCAGUUUUUCAAAGCACAUACACAUGACAAUAUUAUUUGGGAGACUAUAGCAUACUUCACAGUACACUCAUCCCAAACAUUAUAUACACUUUUCAUGUUAACCAUACUCAUUUCAUAUACCCAGUUUUCUAAAUAUUGGGUCUGUAGAGAAUAUUAAUCUGACUUACUGAUCGUGUGUACUGUCAUGAUCAUAACAGUGCAUGCUAAUUUAUGACAUUUAUUUAAAACAUUUCAUAUAUACUCAUACACACCAUAGAUGUGUAUAGAACAUGCAUAUCAAAUAUUUCAUACACCUGUAAAGAACAGUUAUAUAAAAAAAUCAUACACAUCAUACAUCCGUAUA